GGGGAGAGAGAGAGAGGGAGGGGGGAGAGAGAGAGGCAGAGGCUGCUGAGGUUCUGUCCUGGAAGAGGAUCAUUUUAAGUCUCAGAUGGGAUCACACAAGGUAUGAAGCGCCCACGAAGCCCGGAUCAUGCUGUUGAAGAUGGCACGAUGAGUUCCGAAGACCUUUUUGGCUACAGCGGUGGGAAAGGAGCCAACACUGAAGGCUUGGACUAUCAAGGUCUACACCAGGAGAAAAGGAGAAUAGGACUCGCACUGUGUGAAGUGUGUAACAUCCAAUUAAACUCUCCAGCACAGGCUGAGGUUCACUAUAAUGGGAAAUCUCACUUGAAGCGGAUGAAACAGUUCAAUAAUGGUCACAUUCCAGUUACUUCGGCACCUGACAUCUUUGCCACGAGCACCAGUACAGGAAGUACAUGUCACACAAGUACACUUCCUGCACUUGUGCGGACUCCUACCCUGAUGAUGCAGCCAUCGCUUAAUAUCAAACCAUUUAUGCCCUUUCCAAUGGACACUGGCCCGGCUGUUGGACUCUUCCCAAAUUUUAACACAAUGGAUCCCGUGCAGAAAGCAGUCAUCAACCACACGUUUGGGGUUUCAGUUCCUCCCAAAAAGAGGCAAAUUAUUUCAUGCAAUAUCUGCCAGCUGCGAUUCAACUCUGAGAGCCAAGCCGAGGCACACUACAAAGGCAGUAAACAUGCCAAGAAGCUCAAAGCACUGGAGGCCACGAAAAAUAAGCAGAAAUCUGUUUCCGCCAAGGACAGCACAAAGGUCAUCAUCACUACAACCACUGCAAUCACUCCCAACAGCUCUGAAAAAACAGCAGAUGAAGUAAUGCCGGCAUCCAACAGUGUAACUGUGAAUAAUCUACCGUUGCCUACAAGUGUAAUCCCUGAACGGUCUAAACUGCCACCAGCUGUAGAAACAACUGGAAAUGUGAAUGAAAUUGCAACAAAACUUGAGAUAUCAACAGCAACAGCGAGUGUUGAUGGAGCUGCAUCUAUUGCAUCGACUUCAACUGAGUCAGAAGAGGAAAAAGCAAAAAAGCUUCUGUACUGUUCACUAUGCAAAGUAGCUGUGAAUUCACUGUCACAGCUGGAAGCACACAAUACAGGCUCCAAGCACAGAACAAUGGUUGAAGCACGUAUUGGAGCCGGUCCCAUUAAAUCUUAUCCCAGACCGGGAUCAAAAGCUAAACUUCCAAAUGGCACAAAGGGUUCUGGACUGCAGAACAAGACAUUUCAUUGUGAAGUGUGUGAUGUUCAUGUCAACUCAGAAAUUCAGCUUAAACAGCAUAUUUCCAGCAGGAGGCACAAGGACAGAGUAGCGGGGAAACCAUUGAAACCCAAAUAUAGUCCCUACAACAAACUCCAACGCAAUCCAACAAUUUUGGCAGCAAAAUUAGCAUUUCGAAAGGAUUUACUGAAACCCUUGCCUCCCGGAUUUCUCACGAAUCCCUUCGUGGCCGCAGCAGCUCUGACCUCUCCACUUGCUCUCCACCCACGCCCUGCUACCUCACUGUUUCAGGCCACGGCAUUGCAACCUGCCCUCCUGAGGCCAGCACCUGGACCCAUGCGCCCAUCACCCAGCUCCAUUCUCUUUGCGCCUUAUUGACUCUGAGGUUAUAGUGGGACAAGACCAGGCCAGUCGAGAUGGUGGAACGGGCAUAGCUUUUGGUUAUCUUCCUUGUGUUUUGUCCAUGCUGUGAAGUUUGCUGACCUAUAUGACCAUCACAGGAUCGAUCUUCCAUGGAGAGUUAUGAUCAAAGUGCUGGAAUUAUGAGAUUUUUUUUAACUGAUUUACCAAAACCCCCAUCCGGUUACAAUUUACAAGGGAACCUUUGUGGGGAAUGUUACCCUCAAACGCUCUUACUUGUUUUUAAAGUGGAGUUGAGUCUGUCCACGGAUGGAAUUCAUCUACAGACCAAGAGCAACUAUAAAUUGAUUCCUGCUGCAGCAGACUUCAAAUCGAGGGUCUUCCUGACAAAGAGAUGUGGAAAGGAGCCACUUUUUUUUGUUGACGUAAAACGAACAUCUUCUGGUGCAUAAACGUAACGCAGUGUGUGGUAACUUGUGAACAACGAAUCUGUAGUUUUAACACAAUGUCGUGUUGUUGUCAGGGAUUGUGAAAUGCUGUUAACAGACCUGAAUCUGAUACUGUUGUAAUAACUCGUGUAAGUAAUAGAACUGUUUCAGGUCUAAUUUAAAACAUGAAUGGUAAUUUAUGUUUAGUUGCGGUGUAGUUGCUUGCCAUCGUCCCCUUAAGAGCAUUUUGUGAACCUUACUUUUGCUUUUUUUUUUGUUCACUUGUUUUUUUUUAGUUUUGCCGGUGUUUAACACUCUCGCAAAUUCAUAACGUGUGUACGGUUCUUGCUCAUGAGAUAUAGUGGCGAUUAAUAUAUUUUCACAUUUGCUUUUCUGUGCUCAAUUUUUUUAAAACUUGUUUGGUAGCAUUUUUGCCAGUUUUUUUUUUUGCUGCUAAAUAAUGUGAACGAUGCGUUUUGAAGUAUCAGCUCAGUGUAUUGCACAAUCUACGAUAAUUCUCUUGCAUUACCUUCAGCGAGAAAUAUUUGGGUCCUUGUUUUUCACAGUCUUUGAAAAUCUCUUCUGCAGACUUGCAGACUUCUUCCAUUGUCAUGUUUAGCUGUAAUGGUGUUGCAUUAAUUUGUAGCACCGCGAUGCAAUAAUGUACAGAAAAUAAAUAAUUUUAGAAGAAUAAUUUUAGGCUUUAUCGAAAGUGUUGCAAUACCAUCUGCCUUGGGGAAUGAGGCUACCGAGAUAUGCAGUGCAUAAAACAAACCAUGUUGGUGUUUGUAUCUUUCAGUACUUGAAAGGAGAUACGCACAAGAGAAAUUCUGAGGAGUAUCAAUCAACUGUUAGUGGCUUCCAUCAAGUACUCCUUGUGAAAAGCUUAAUAUGUGUGGAAAUAAACCUGUCUGUGUACCAUUUCAGAAAUGAUUAAUUUUUUCAAUAAAUGACUAAGUCUAUUAUAUGGAUAA